AUGCUGUUGAAUCUUGGCCUCACAGCGGAUGCCGCAGCAGCCCAUGCAGAUGAAACAAGUCACCAACCAGAGCCCCGGCCUUCUACGUGUACUACCUACUCGCCUACCUUCUUACUGUCUGCUCUACCAUUGUUGAACUCCUUCUACAGUCCUCCCAGGCUCGCUGAUGGUUCUGUUGAUUGUCGGGGGCUUGUAUCCGCUAUGGUGAUGAGUCCGAUUGAGUCGAUUGUGUCGGCCUCGGACUCGGGUGAGCCUUCCCAAGAAUCGACUGCUGUUGUCGCCAGGCCCCGGGUCGCCCGUUCAACCACAGGUCGGAAGUUUCGACCCAAGACAUCAUAUCAGUUCGCCCAUCCCGCCGCUCAUGGUCGUCAUAAGCGGUUUAGAUUUCGCCCUAAGCUCCUCCUGCAGCUGCAACAGGUGUCGCAAACCCCUCGACCGUUACCGGUUGUAGAUAUUCUCCCAUCGACUUCUUACCUGCCACUAUUGGCCCGCAAGUUCCCGGCCAUCUAUCGUACCAGAAACGGAUUGGGUCCGUAUGACCUCAUUGUGGUGUUAAGCGAACAAUACGACCGGACGGUGGGCAGCAUUCCUGAAAAACGCGUCAGCUCGGAGGAUGAAGACGAAGAUCAUCGCGAGGUGGUCGCCACGAUCUGCCAAAAGUAUCAAGAAGAUGCUCGACUGAAAGGAAAGGCGGAGAUAUGCCUGAACUUCGGGCCUGUGUGGGAGGCAUCGCCUCUCCCAAGCGGGUCUUAUGAGUUUGUUGCUCAGACAGAUAGCGGCGUGCAAAUCGUGCGGUGGGCUUUGCGUGGUGGGAGGAGUCGCCGGAUGAGUACGCCCACAGCGACACAAUCCCGCGACGACAGCAAACGGUUCACUUUCAGCGUCAUCGAUCCUACCACUCGCCGGCAUCCCGUUCUCGCGUCUAUGACUCGAAAUCAAUUAGAAGUCAAUGAUGAAUAUUCCCCGGCCGUUCGGUCCGGCACCGGUCCCACGACUCCAAGCUCAGGAAUGUCGGUGGUGAGUGAUGCCUCGGAUGCAGAGACUCCCUACGAUGGAAACUCGGUCACUCUUGAUGAUGGACUGCGAACUUUGAUCAUCGUCACCGGCGUCUGGGUCGCCUUCCGUGAGGGGUGGUCAGACAACUUCCGCUACGGCGACCCGGUGUCUUCAUCUGGUACAAAGUCGACCACGUCUCCGACAUCCGUGAAACAUGCAUCUCCGACGACCGCCAAGAAUGAAACCGACUCUUUCCCGAAUAUCGAUGAAGAUGGCAAACGCUGCCUGUCGAUGUCAAAUGUUCGCCGUUCCACCACCCCAACCACCGCGGAUGGAACGCAAUUCGGUGGUUUGUCCAAGCGCUCUAAUUCCACCGGUCUUGCAUUCAUGGAUCGAGCGAAACGACGAUCCGCUUCUGGGCUUAGCACUCGCCUGAACCGACACAGCAUGUUCACUACCUUGGGCGAGAACGGCCGCGAUAUCGUUGUCUCCCGUCCUCCUUCUCCUUCUCCUCGCCAACAGUCCGCUGAGGUAGAAGAUUCAUCCCGAGCUGGCCAUCCUAAAGCGAAAUCUCCUGCGAAAGCCCAGCCGGAAAGAGAAAACGUCAAAUCAAAACCGGGGCCAGAUCGAGAUCCUACUUCCUCAAAUUACCGCAUCACACAGCAUAACAGCACCCGCAAAAAGAAGCCCGAUCCCCCACUCCCCGAAGCCGUCGACUCAACGCCCGACAAGGGCAAAGUUCGCCGCCGCCUCAGUACUUUCUUUGGCAUCUUUCACCGAAAACACGAUACUCAUUGA